UGGCUGUCAAUAUUUUCUGGAUUGGAGCUUAUUGUGAACAGGGUGACCUUGAGCCACAGGGACCCUGGUGGCUCAGCUACCUUGUAUGAUCUUCUAGUCAGCCUGGGAAAAGGCCACCAUGCAAAGAUUACAUUGCCAGACAUCCAGGCUGAGCUAGACUAUCUUCCUGGCACCAUGCUUUUCAUUUCUGGCAUAGUGCUGGAACAUGUGGUC